AAGCUUCAGCGCCCAAUAAUUGACGUUGGAUCGACACUCCACAAGACCUUUCCAAGGAAGCAAUCUCUCUCUGAAUUUCUAGGUAGUUGUCCAUGAAAGGUUGCAAGUUCAGUGAGGCAGAGCCAAGGACCAACUGAUUCUCUCCACAUGCAUCCUCCAAAGGGCGUGGAUUUCACGAGCCAUCAUCCUUCAUGGUGGACGACUUUUCUACAGGUCUUCCUGGCGUUGAACUAAGCUUAUACAAACCCCAUUCCCACUUCGACUUCCUCACUACCAACGACAACACCUCCAUCUCCUUCCGCGAUCCCAUUCUCACCGCCUUCUUCAGACUCCUUGAAGCCACCGACCUCGAAGCCUAGAAUACAGGGACAGACAGCACAGUACCAAUACUCUCCCUGUUUCUGCUGGAUCUCUAAGCGAUGGAGGGAGGUCGCAAAUUCCGUGGAGGGAUAGAGAAGGCCAACCUCAUACUCUCGACAGGCCUCCUCCAGAGGUCCUGGCUUUCCAUCUUAGAGCUCCAACGCUCUCCCCACCUCCGCUUCUUCGUCCAGAAUCUGCCCAAGUGCACCAUCGUAGCCUUCAGCGCAGAUCACAGCCAACCAGCUCCGGAAGCUCUCCAGCCAACCCUUCAACCCCUGAACGAAAAGCAUCCCACCUUGGGCUUUCUCGCCACCAAGAGGAUCCCCUCCGUCUCUAUCCACAGCGCCCCGCUCUCUGCUUUCCUCCACCUCCUGGACACCACUGAUCUCAAAGAGAAGCUGAAGAACCUAACGUCCAAGGGCCAGCCGCGGCUCAUACUCGUCGGUGAGUCGCUAGGAGGAUCGGUUGCCGCCCUCUGCACACUGUGGCUUCUAAAGAGCACUCCCCCCCUGCCUCCCAUAUGCAUCACCUUCGGAUCUCCCCUCCUUGGAGACGCUCCACUCCAGAAGGCCGUCAGCAAUAUCGAACCAUGGAAGACCCAAUUCUGGCAUGUCGUCGGCCAUGGCGACCCCAUCCCCCGUCUCUUCCUUCCCAACUCCUUCCGACCCUUCGGCACCUAUUUUCUCGUCUCUGGAUCGAGCUGCGCCUGUUUCGACGAUCCCGACUCCGUCGUCCAGCUCUUGGAAUUCGGACGCCCGAAUAUCUCAUCUGCAGAGACCAACUUCAAGGGCUAUGGCUUCGUGUUGAAGCAACUCCAGGAGAAGAGCAAGUACAGAAGCAACGUGCCGUCGACUGAUAAUUUUCAGGACAGCCUUAAAGCGGAUUUGAGCCUGCAACUAGCAGCGGCUGGAAUCGGGACGAACGCUCAGGGCAUGCUGCUUUGUAAACUGGAAAAGAACGAGAAUGCAAUGGACGAGAGCAGAAAGCGCCAAGGCAAUCCCUCCAAGAAACUGAACGAGGUGAAGAAGUGGAUGGCCAAAUUGGAAUGGUAUAAGAAAUACGGUGAGUCUAUGGGCAAGGUCUACUAUGAUUGCUACAAGAAGAGAACUGAUGAGAGAGACUUUGAUAUCGUCACCCUCAAGAAUUCAAUCAACGCUUACUGGAAAAAGAAGGUGGAGGAAGCGGAGAGCAAGCCGCAGGCGCCGGACGCUCGGAUGCGCACCCGCUGGCUCUUCAGCGGAGUGACUUACAUGCGCAUGGUCGAGCCUCUCGAUAUCGCGGAUUACUUCCGCAAGAAGGACUACCCGUCUGUAAGAGCUGAGAAGAAGGACUACCCGUCUGACAGAGCUGAGCAUUACAAGUUGCUAGACAGAUGGAACAAGGAAGAGGCGCAAAUAGGCACGAAGAAGAAGGAUAAGGCUCCAAGCCUAACUGAGGACUCCUGCUUCUGGGCUCGUGUGGAGGAGGCGACACUGAAGCUGGACGAACUACUAACAACGGCAGAUGUUAAUCGGGAAUUUGAACUCAAGAAGGGGCUCAUAGAGUUUGAAGCCUAUAUCAUGAAGUUGGUGAACAACUAUGAGCUCUCCCCUGAGGUUUUCUUAAGGGAAAGUUCAUUCCUGGAUUGGUGGCGAAAGUACGAAAGGAAGCUUGCGGCUGGUGGUUAUUAUUCGCCACGCAUUCCUCUGGAAUUGCCACAAGGGUCCCAAGAACAAGGCGCAGUCAUAAGGUGGUGGAGCGAGUACGAAGAGGAGGCCGAGCCUGCUGGUGAACACUGUUCAUCAAAGAUUCAUGUUCGUUUCUGGAAUGGCCUUGGGCUCUCAUCUGAGGGUUUCCUGGAGACGAAGAGUGAGUUCAUGGCGCGUUGGAGGAAGGAAGAACAGGGGCUGAAUCCUGCCGAUACUUCACCAUUUGCUUGUUUCAUGAAGGGCAAGUACUAUGAAAGCUACAAAUGAAACUCGUUGAUCUUGACAAGUUCACAGUGACAUAUCUGGAAUAUGGAUUCCUGCGCCUCUUAGUUCCUUGCUCAGUAAUAUUUCAAACAUUGAAUAUUGUUGUAAUUAGGCAAUUAUGUGUGCUUUCUUUGAAGUUUGAACUCAUCAUAACUAUGCUUUGCUGCGAUGCCUGAAUCAAGUGUGAAUUAUCAGAACUCUUAUAGAUUAAUAUUAUUGUUUAUGUUGUGGAGAA